AUGACUUCGGUCUAUACAAUUCUUGGAGUUUUCGCGGCUGCUGCCGUAGCUGUCAACGUGAAGCACGCUCGCACGGAAAGUAUCGAAUGGGGGCCGUGUGCAGAUUGGUUCACUGGUCCAGUUCCUAUCCAGUGCGGUAAUAUAACGGUACCACUGGACUACGCCGAUCCCGAUUCAACAGAAACUCUUGAAAUCGAGCUUCUUAAAGUUCCUGCACUCAAAGGACCCUCUAAGGGAAGCAUUCUUUUCAACUUCGGCGGACCUGGGGGCCCGGCCCGGGGUUCGUUGGCCACGCGAGGCUAUCUGCUUCAAGCAGCGACGGGCGGAAAUCAUGAUCUUAUCGGCUGGGAUCCAAGAGGCACAGGCAACACCACCACAUUCACUUGCUUCUCUACCGAAGAGGAACAGGCCAUCUAUUCGGCAGCUCUGCCCAAGACUCUUGGCAACAAUUCAAACCCAGCAUCAGUUGCAAGGGCCUGGGCCGGCAUGGGAGUUAUCGCAGAUUAUUGCUACGAAAAGCCCGAAUCCAAUAAGACGGGGAGUCUGAUCAGUACGGCAUAUACAGCAAGAGACAUGAUGAAGAUUGUGGACGCCGUCGAGGAAGACGGGCUGCUAAGAUACUGGGGUACUUCGUACGGAACUGUGCUAGGCGCCACAGUGGCCGCUAUGUUCCCUGACCGAGUUGGCAGGGUUCUGCUUGAUUCAGCAGCAAACCCGCAUGAGUGGUACUCUGGAUUUAACAUAGAAUGGCUGUUGAGCGCAGAUGAGACUCUCACUGCAUUCUUUCAGACAUGUCUUGAUGCACCCAACUGUGUCCUUGCCAAGGGGAAUGAGACGGCCCAGUCCUUGAGCGAGCAGUUUUGGUCCUACUUGGGGCAAAGGCAGCUACGUCCAAUUGCCGUAGGACCCAGUGUGAUUGAUCAGUCAACCAUAGCUUCAACUGUUAGACCUGCUCUAUACGACCCGACACGUUGGCCGUUACUUUCCGUCUGGCUGCAUGGACUGUAUACAGGCAAUGCUACGUUGUUUGGCGAAGCGGCUCUGGCACUCCUCGAACGCACACCCAGUUUGCAUACUGAAGGUAAUGGGGAUCAAUCACCAUGGGGAAUUCAAUGUGCCGACAAGGGCCCACGAAUCAAUGAUUUGGACGACUUCUUACCCAUUGUCGACGAAAUAGAUGAAGCCAGUCGGACGGUCGGCAACAUCAUGUGGAACAUUGAGGCAGCAUGCUCACAGUGGAAAAUCAAGCCCAGGGAACGUUACGAGGGCGGUUUUAACAACAUCAAGACCAAGAACCCGCUUCUAGUUUUCAGUCACAGUUUAGACCCAGCGACUUCAAUCGUGGGGGCCAAGAACGCUACCGCUGGGUUCGAAGGCAGCGUGCUGCUACAAACCGACGGUUAUGGGCAUGGAUGGAGAGCCCAUCCUUCGGUCUGUGCGACGAAGGCGAUCCAGAAGUACUUUGAUGAAGGGGUACUCCCGGAGCCAGGUACAGUUUGCAAGACAGACGUCGUUCCUUUCCAGAACUUUACCGAUACAGAUGAGGCGUGGAAGGCAUUGUUGCCACAGAUCGGUUUCGACUCCAAUCCCUGA